AUGACACCCAACCGUAUCACCAAAGUCGCAAUUACAGGUGUAGAAGGCCUCCUCAACAAUGGCAAACACAUCAUCACGGCACUAACCCGCGCCGACAGCCAGAGCAAGCUACCCGAUGGCGUAAUUGCCAAGAAAGUAGACUACAACGACAUCUCAUCCCUCGUCGAAGCCCUAACCGGCCAGGAUGCGCUCAUUAUCACCCUGAACGGCUACACAUCCAAGGAAGUCGACAAGAACCUGAUCCACGCCGCCGGUGAAGCGGGCGUGAAGUGGAUUCUGCCGAAUGAGUGGGCGCCCGAUACGGCCAAUAAGGAGUUGGCGAAGGAUGUCUUCAAUGAUGCUAACCGAUGGUAUCUUCUAGAGGGUAUCCGUCAGUCGAUUGUGGAUCUCGGCAAAAGUUCAUAUAUUGCUCUGUCAACGGGCUUCUGGUAUGAAUGGAGUCUGGCUAUCCCCGCGGCGUACGGCCUGGAUUUCGCCAAUCGAUCCGUGACCUUUUUUGACGAGGGAGAGACGAAGAUCUCAACCUCGACAUGGCCACAGAACAAGCUCCUCUAUCUUGCUUCCUUCACCGUUAGCCAGAGGGAGAUGUUCGAGUCCGCGCUGCGGGUGACGGGGACGAAGGAGUCGGACUGGACGAUCAACAGGGAGUCCGCUCAGGAGCGGUAUGCGAAUGGAGUUAAGGAGAUGCACGAGGGGAAUAGAACAGGCUUUGUAAAGAUGCUUUAUACGCGUGUCUUUUAUCCUGAUGGCUCAGGGGACAUUGAGAAUAGUAAGGGGACGGUUAAUGCUUUGCUGGGCUUGCCGAAGGAGGAUUUGGAUGAGGCAACCAAGGCUGCGGAGGUAAGGUCGAGGACGCAUCCCUUUGGUGCCUAA